CAACUUCACACAUUCCCUACAAAAGUUCCCAAGCACACACACAAAAUAAACACAACCCAAACCAAACAAAAGCCACCUCUCUUUACACACAACAAAUCAAGAAAAAAACACACACACACACACACUGCAUCAAACUUUCCAUGAAUGAACCAACCCCAUCUCCAUUCUCUCUACCUUAAUCCAAAAUCAAACAACACCCCAUCACCCUCAUUCCCUCCACCUCCACCAUGUCCACAACACAAUCAGAAAAACAAGCACUUUUCAUUACAUCAUUAAUCAUCUUUUGGUACUCAUCAAACAUUGGUGUCCUUCUCCUUAACAAACUUUUACUUUCCAAUUAUGGCUUCUCCUUUCCAAUCUUCCUUACCAUGUGUCAUAUGUCUGCUUGUGCUGUUCUUAGCUAUGUCUCCAUUGUUUUCUUGAAAAUUGUGCCUUAUCAAAGGAUCAAAUCAAGAUCACAACUUUUAAGAAUUUCUACACUUAGUAUUGUCUUUUGUGGUUCUGUUGUUGGUGGUAAUAUCUCUUUAAGGUAUUUGCCUGUUUCAUUCAAUCAAGCUGUAGGUGCUACAACACCAUGUUUCACUGCAUUGUUUGCUUAUCUUAUGACUAUGAAGAGGGAAGCUUGGCUUACUUAUGGUUGUCUUGUUCCUGUGGUUGCUGGUGUUGUCAUUGCAAGUGGGGGCGAGCCAAAUUUCCAUCUUUAUGGAUUCAUUAUGUGUAUAGGUGCAACUGCUGCUCGGGCUUUUAAGUCCGUUCUUCAGGGCGUUUUGCUUUCCUCCGAAGGGGAAAGGUUGAACUCCAUGAAUCUCCUUCUUUACAUGUCGCCAAUUGCCGUUCUAGUUUUAUUGCCGGUGACACUCGUAAUGGAACCCAACGUGAUAGAUGUCACCGCGACACUUGCAACGGAACAUAGAUACCUUGGUCUACUUAUUUUGGUCAAUUCUACAAUGGCAUAUGGAGCCAAUUUGUUGAACUUUUUGGUGACUAGGCAUACCAGUGCAUUGACACUUCAGGUCCUAGGAAACGCAAAAGGUGCUGUGGCUGUUGUUAUAUCGAUUCUUAUUUUCCGAAACCCUGUAACUUUCAUUGGAAUCGCGGGCUAUACAAUUACCGUGAUGGGUGUUGUUGCUUACGGAGAAGCCAAAAGAAGAUACAAAUAGAGGUUGUAGGUUUAUCUCCGAUGAAGGCUUAGACAGACAUAUUUUAGACUCAAACACAAACCGGAUUUCACAGCUACGUUGUAGGUUGUAGCACAUAGAUAGAGAGGAAACCGAAAACUAGCAGCUGAUAAAAAUCGUUGCUUUAGACAAUGCAUAUGUAGAAAGCCUAUUUCAAUUGUUCCCGUAUGUAUUCAUGUAUUCGAUUCUGAUGUUGUUACGUUAAAGUAAUUCGAUCUCUUGUUCGA